CGUAGACGUAGGUUUUUUUUUUUGUAGGCGUUUACGUCACCUGACGGACGUAGCUUCCCGGCAGGCUUUGCGGCGCGCCCCGUUCAAAACGGCGGCAGUUGAUUCGGUGCUUCUUUUCGAUACCGGUCUGUGAACUGAGAGGUGCUCCUUUUUUUUUUUGCUGACGUUAGAGAACCAGACUUUUCCAGUACUAUGGACCCAAGCGCUUAUAGAUGCCUUCAGCCCGGGUUAUUGAUUAAUAUUCAGCGUAGCAAUGGUGCAGUCCAUGGUGCCACAAUCAAGACAGUGAGCUUGGAAAAAAUGGUGGUAUCUGUAGAAUGGUCAGAAAAUAACGUUGUCAAAGGGAAAGAGAUUGACCUUGAUGAUGUGGUAGCAAUAAAUCCAGAGCUGUUUACAUCUCCAGUUGUUGCUGCUGUGAAAGAAAGCCAUCUUGCCCAGGAGAAUGUAACCACACAGAGGCAAACCCGCAGAACAACACUCUCAAAGAUUCCUGCUCCGAAAGAAGUUCUGCGAUUGCAAGCUAGCAAGAUGUCUGUCAUAGCAGAAACUCAGAACAGCCCUCUGGAAAGCGAUAUGGAGAUGGAAUUGCCUGCUCCUGUACGAACACGAAGCCACUCUGCUCUUCCUGUUGUACGAACUCGAUCUAGGAUCAGCUAUUCUACUGAUCGAUGUAAUGUACAACCAAAUGGCAAUGAAAUGACAGAAGACAAUCCACAGACUUUGAGAAUGGUCUCUGCUGCAAUUCAAGCUCGUAGGAAAUCUAACAUUGUUAAAGAGAUGGACAAAAUGAAAAAUAAGAGGGAAGAGAAAAGGGCCCAGUUCUCUGAAAUAAGAAAUAAGCGGGCACAGGAAUAUGACAGUAGUUGUCCAAACUGGGAUUUUGCACGGAUGGUUAAGGAACAUAGAGCCAAUAUCAUUUGUCAGUCGAUAUCAAUGAAUGACCCUAUAGAAGAACAUAGAAUUUGUGUCUGUGUGAGGAAACGACCCUUAAAUAAACAAGAACUUGGAAAGAAAGAGUGUGAUAUAAUUACUGUUGCCAGCAAGAACAGCAUCCUAGUGCAUGAACCAAAGGUGAAGGUGGAUCUAACGAAAUACCUUGAAAACCAGGCUUUUCGAUUUGACUUCUCGUUUGAUGAAAAAGCUUCCAAUGAAAUGGUUUAUUGGUUCACUGCUAAACCACUUGUGCAGACCAUAUUUGAGGGAGGGAAAGCUACAUGUUUUGCCUAUGGUCAGACUGGAAGUGGAAAAACCCAUACUAUGGGAGGUGACUUCUCUGGGAAAGUGCAGAAGGCCUCUAAAGGAAUAUAUGCUUAUGCAUCACAGGAUGUCUUCCUUCUUCAGAACCAGCCAAGAUACAAGGCUCUAGGUCUGGAAGUGUACGUGACUUUCUUUGAAAUAUAUAAUGGAAAGCUAUUUGAUCUCUUAAACAAAAAAGCAAAGCUGCGAGUGCUGGAGGAUGGCAAACAGCAGGUUCAGGUCGUUGGCCUGCAAGAAAUGCAAGUGAGCUGUGCUGAGGAUGUUAUCCGGAUGAUCGAGAUAGGCAGUGCCUGCAGGACAUCCGGGCAUACAUUUGCAAACGCCAGCUCCUCGCGUUCCCAUGCUUGUUUUCAAAUUAUUCUGCGCAGAAAACAAAAACUUCAUGGCAAGUUCUCCUUGGUGGACUUGGCUGGUAAUGAAAGAGGUGCUGAUACCUCCAGCAAUGAUCGGCAGACACGGUUGGAAGCAGCAGAAAUAAACAAAAGCUUGCUAGCAUUGAAGGAAUGUAUCCGCGCUCUAGGCCAAAAUAAACAACACAAACCUUUUCGGGAGAGCAAACUUACCCAAGUGCUGAGGGAUUCCUUCAUUGGAGCAAAUUCCAGAACCUGUAUGAUUGCAAUGAUCUCCCCAGGCAUGAAUUCCUGUGAAUAUACCCUAAAUACCUUGCGGUAUGCUGAUAGAGUGAAGGAGCUCCCUCACAAUGGAACAGCUGGAGAAGCACAGAACUGCAUGGAAACCGAAAAUGAAGAGGUGGAUAUCAGUGAAGAAGAAUCAGCCCACCUUAAUGAGCAGCUUUCUGAAGAUGAGCUGUCUCAUCUGUCCAGUUUCCGUGAGGCUGUCACCCGGAUAAGUGAGCUUGAGGAGAAGGCAAUAGAAGAGCUUAAGGAAGUCAGGGAGAAAAUGAACGACUGCAACUGUCUCCUGGAUAUUGCAGAACAACCAGAAUAUGACCUGGAGGAAUUUGUGUAUCAAGCCCAGUGCUUCGUAAAUGAAGGAUCCAAAAAUUUCCUCUGCCUGAAAGACACUCUGGAAGAACUAACCCUUGCCAUGCAGAUGGAAGAACAAGCCAGCAAGUAUCUGAAUAAGCGGCCACUUCAGUAGUUACCCACUUGUUAAAUGAAUUUCUUCCCUCUCUAUUUGUCUGUCACUUCUUUGGUUUGCUGUUAACUGUAUUUAAAAUGCAAGCAGAAGGUUCAUCCUAUCUUGUUUGAGGGUUCCCUAUUUUGGGGAGAGGGUGCUAUCCUUUAUGCAGGCAAAGGAAAGUACUCUGCCAGAAUGUGAUGUUUCUGGGACCAUUGCUCCUCUUCACAACUGAAGGCUAAGAAGAAGAGUUGCUUUGGUGUCUCUUGGUAAGCUUGUACAUUUUUCUAGUGUAAAUAAAGUAUUUCACUAAAUACUUCUGAAAUGUUAACAUUGAAUGCAAUCCAGUGAAUCUUGAACUGGUUUUGCUGUUGUUUGAGACUUUUUAAAAAAUAAAUAAUCAGUAAUUGAAGCAGUUUAUAAAUAAAUAUUUCUGAAUACAUCAAGUCCUGUAUUGUGAGGGGUUUGAAGUGUGUUCUGCAGGUGUUCUGCUGUUUUGGAGGCCACUUGUAUAUGUUGGAUUUGUAUGCACAUCUGGUUUGGAGAGCAACAUGGAGGGGAAUACUUACUCCAUGUGUGCAAUUUAACAACCCAGGCCCAUAUAGUACCGGAUGUUUUAGUCCCUGGGAGGUCUGGGUAUUGCCUCACGCAGACCUGGGAGUACACAGCUCCUGGCUGUUCCUGGUAUAAAUGUUGCAAAUGAACAAUGACCAUAAUCAUGUCUAUUUAAGUCAGUGUGUUGGACUGUGAUAGGCUUCAUUCAUAUAGAGGCAAGAAUUCAGUUUAUGACUUCUGACUAGUCAAACACUGGUAUUGAAACCUGUCAGAUACGUUUUGCCCUAUCAAUUUUACUGGCUUUAUGCAUUAAUCAUGUGCUUAAAAGAAAACGAUCUCUGACGGGUAUUAUUUUGAAAAAAGUCUACAAAAAACUUUAUUAUUAUUAUUAUUAGAAUUUAUAUACUGCCCUAUACCCGGAGGUCUCAGAGCGGUUCACAGAAUAAAAUCAAUUAUAGUGUCAGUCUGUUCUGAAAUGGAAAUUAAUUUCUGCCUUUCUGAGUUUUUGCAUUUUAUCAGUAGAAUGGCAAAAAGUCUGGACUGUUUGGGCCAUUUCAUUGUAACUGUGAAGUUUAAAAUUUGCACCUAUUUGGACUACUCAAGAGCCAGUAGUGUGUGGGUAUGCUUCAGUAUUCUUCCCCAAAAUGUUAAAAGUGUGUGUUUUUAUAUAUGUGCUUAUAGUAUGAGAAAAGUCUGAUAUAUGCAUGGAUGUAUCAGUGUAGCUUUUAAAGGAUGGGAAGGAUGCUGCUAAUUUUGUCUGGCAUUUCCCAUUAUAAAGUGAAUUUAGGGUGUCAUUAUUGCAUGUAAGUGUUAAUGGAUUCCUAAGAUCUAAGCAUACAAAGUAGCCAAGGAGAUGCUAAUGGCAUAGC